AUGAAUAGGUUUAUUGGUAAAUUACCAUCAUUAAAGCUAUUUCAGAAUGCUUAUUAUAAUCAUUGGUCAAAUGUUGCUAUUGUCGAUAAUAAUAGUUUGAUUGGAAAGAAUGAUCGAUCUUUUACCUAUAGACAGUUGUUGGCUGCCUCGAAUGAAGUGGCUGGAGAGUUACUACGAUCGAAACGAUUGGCGAAUCGAGUGGAGGAUUUGGAGUGUGAGCGUGUCGCUUUUAUAAGUGAGCCUGGUUUCAACUAUGUAAAGUCACAGUGGGCUAUUUGGAGAGCUGGUGGCGUUGCUGUACCAUUGGCACUCUCACAUCCACCUGCAGAGCACCGUUAUACACUGACCGACUCUAAACCAUCGGUUAUCAUUUCGACUAGAACAAUGUCACCGAAAAUGGUUGAACUCUCAAAGGAAUUGAAUAUUCCUCUGAUUAUUCUGGAUGAUUUAGAUGAAGCGGCGGCGACGACAACAAACGGUACUGGCUUUGAUAAUAUAGAUGAUGUUGUUAAUAAGAUAAAGUUGAAAGAUUCAGAGGUUAUCAAUAUAGAUCCCGGUAGAAACGCUAUGAUUAUCUAUACCUCUGGAACAACGAAUAAGCCGAAAGGAUGUGUCAGUACACAUGGAAAUAUUGAGUCACAGGUCAAGGCGUUGAUCGGUCCUUGGCGAUGGUCACCUCAAGAUAGAAUUCUACAUACACUUCCACUACAUCAUGUUCAUGGUGUAAUCAAUGCUCUUACAUGUCCACUCUUCACUGGUGCAACCGUUGAAAUGAUGAAUCACUUUGAUGCUUCAACUGUAAACAAUAGAAUUGUAAAUGGAUAUAAAAACAAAGAUAACAAUAAUAAUAUCAAUAGUAAUAGCAGCAUCAGCAGUUCAUCUCCACCCAUCUCUGUAUUUAUGGCUGUUCCAACAAUCUAUUCGAAAUUGCUGGAGAAUUACGAUAGAGGUGGACAUUCUUCAGAACAGAAGCAAUUGAUUUCCGAUGCUUGGAGCUCACUGAGAUUGAUGGUGAGUGGAUCAGCUUCCUUACCAACACCUAUAUUCAACCGAUGGAAAGAGAUCACUGGACACAAGCUGUUGGAGCGAUAUGGCAUGACAGAGAUCGGUAUGGCACUAUCAAAUAGCUACGACCAACAAAUGAGAUUUCCUGGAACCGUCGGUUAUCCACUGCCAUUUGUCGAUGCGAAGAUCGAUGAAGAUGGACAGCUUCUAAUUAGAGGACCACAGGUGUUCAAGGAGUAUUGGGGACGUCCAGAGGAGACCGCCAAGAACUUUACAAAAGAUGGAUACUUUAUGACUGGCGAUACCGUCGCCAAAGACGGUGAGAUCUAUCGAAUUCUAGGAAGAACCUCUGUCGACAUCAUUAAAUCCGCUGCCUACAAGAUAAGUGCACUGGAAAUCGAAUAUGAACUACUGGCUCAUCCCUCGAUUGCCGAGGUGGCAGUACUUGGAAUACCGAGUGAAGAGUACGGACAAAUCAUUGGUGCACUCGUAGUUAUGAAACCAAACACCAAAGACCUGACCUAUGAUGAACUCAAACAAUGGUGUUCCAAUAAGUUGGCCAGCUACAAAACACCUCGUCGUCUGAAGAUCCUCAAAGAAAUACCAAAGAAUGCAAUGCUCAAAGUGAAUAAAAAGAGUUUAGUUCAACUCUUUGAAAAAGAUUAA